AUGAAGUGUUCAUUAGAGAUCGGCGCUGUGAUAGUACUCCAGCUGGGUCUCCUGCCCUGUGGAGUCAGCGCGUUCUGGAGAAUGGGUUGUUCUACAAUCAUGAAUGCUCGCAUCGACCCUAUAGUCAAUCCUGGAGGGCUAAGUUCUCACAGCCACACAAUUGUUGGUGCAAGCAACAUUGGCAUCGACAGCUCCUACGAGAGUUUGAUAAAUAGCGCCUGCACCUCUUGCGAAAUUCAAGCGGACAAGUCAGCUUACUGGGCUCCCAUAUUAUAUUACCAAUAUGCCGAUGGUUCCUUCCACGAUGUUCACCAGUCUGGAUCUGUUGUCUACUAUCUUGGUCGCGGCCCAAAUGUUGGAAAGACUAUUCCUUUCCCUGAAGGGUUCAAAAUGAUUAGUGGCACUACUUCAGCUAGGAGCUUGGAUACCAACACCUAUACCUGGGGUGACAAGAGCAAUCCACCACGUCUUGUCGCCGAGGCCAUCAGUUUCGCCUGCUUAGGAGCCAACAGAGCCUUACCAGAAGAGAAUGGCCUAAAUAACACUUCCUGGACACCAUUCGACUGUAUCAAUGGCCUCCGGGCUCAAAUCCAUUUUCCAACAUGUUGGAACGGCGUCGACCUUUACAAAGUUGAUGGCUCACAUGUUACUCAUAUGAACCAAAUCGACAAUGGAGUGUGUCCCGAGAGCCACCCUCACCAAUUGCCCCACAUCUUCCUAGAGACCCUAUAUAGUGUCGACUCAAUACCGGGAGACAUAACAAAUGGUCGAUUCGUUUUUUCCAACGGCGAUUCAACAGGAUAUGGUUAUCACGGUGAUUUUAUCAACGGUUGGAACUCAACAGUGCAAGCACUUGCGAUGGCGAAUUGUCUAGCAACGGAUAAUUCGGGCCUCAUUAGUUCCUGCCCAUACCUACAGGAAAGCGAUACAGACGGCUACAGUAGCAAUUGCCCACUGAGGAAGUCCCCUGUCAACGAGACCGUCUUGGGCUUGUUAGCGAAACUUCCUGGAUGCAAUAGGGUUACAGAAGGCCCCUUAAAUGCGAAACCCGGGGAUUCGACCUGCCCUUCGUCUGUGACCCCGCCUUAUAUAACUCCCACGGUGAACUCGGUGGCCCAGUACACAGUUCGGCCAUCAAUUGGUACUUUCUACCCACCCGGCUCGCAGCAAGAAUACCUCGGAUGUUUCAACGAUACGACUGGUGGUCGGCGGGCCCUCGACGGCAAACGCACCUCCAUGGGGGCCAUGGACGUCUCGACAUGUCAAGCGUACUGCAAUACGCUUGGGUAUAGACUAUCCGGUGUCGAGUACAGCACCGAGUGCUAUUGUGACAAUAUGAUUUCCAACUCCGCGAACACUAAUCACCUCAUUGCUGGAUUUGAUCAGUGUACUUGGCUCUGCAGCGCAACGAUCGCGAGAGACAACGGCACUCAGGAAGUUUGUGGUGGCUAUGCUUUCAUCUCCAUCUACAAUAACACAGAUCCUUUGUUUGGCCAGGCAUCAUCGCAGCCAUACCCAAACAGUUAUAUCGGCUGCGCCUCCGACACAUCCUCUUCACGCUCACUGCAAGGAGCUUCCACCUCUGCUUCAGGUAUGACUGUCGAUGCGUGUGCUGCCUUUGCCCAGACAGGCAACAGUGGCGCGGGCUACAAAUACUUCGGAGUGGAAUUCGGUUCUGAAUGUUUUGUUGGGAACACACUCAUGCCAUCCAGCAAGAUAUUGUCUGAAACUUCGAACCCUCCAAGCACGUCAUGCAAUAUGCAGUGCUCGGGAAAAGAUUCCCAGAUAUGUGGAGGCGCUGGUUUGCUCUCGCUGUACUACAAUCCCAAUUACACAGCAAACUCGGCAUUUAGCCCAAACAUCGGCAGCUAUCAAGCCAUUGGUUGUUUGACGGAUUCCCAAUCCAGUAAAGGCCUACGCUCUUUAGCUGCCGCCUCGUCUUACUCGGAUGACAUGACAGAAGACAAAUGCGUAGCGUUUUGCCACAUGAAAGGCUAUCGAUAUGCUGGUCUGGAGUACUCCACACAAUGUUACUGUGACAACGAGAUCGUGAAUCAGGGCGAAUUGGUGAACUGUAGCAACUACGAGUUGAUGGCUUGCCGUGGAAAUCCCAAGCAAUUUUGCGGUGGUUCAAAUGUCAUGAAUCUCUUUCAAUCUAAUUAA